ACCUGUCCCUGCCCUCAGCUCCGUGCUACAGAGGACCCCCCCGGUGGGGUGACCGGAAGGGGGUGCAGCUCAGAUUCUUCAGUUAACUGUCGCCCUCUCCCCUCCCCCUCAGCACAUACACCGGGGUCCGCCAGGACAGGGCAGCUCCCCGAGGCUCCCACAGGGACCCAGGGCCCCCAGGCAUCGUGGUGCCCUUGGCCCCAUGGACCCUCUGAGGCAGUCCCCCUCCCCCUGCUCGUCGCGGCCCUCCAGCCCCAGGACCCCACCCUGUGAGACGCUUGGUGACGUCGGCAUCGAGGCUGUACUGGACCAGCUGAAGAUCAAGGCCAUGAAGAUGGGGUUCGAGUUCAACAUCAUGGUGGUGGGGCAGAGCGGGCUGGGCAAGUCCACGAUGGUGAACACGCUGUUCAAGUCCAAGAUGUGGAAGUCCACCCUGCCGGGCCUGGGAGUGCCCACGCCCCAGACCCUGCAGCUGCAGUCAGUGACCCACGUCAUCGAGGAGAAGGGCGUGAAGCUCAAGCUAACUGUGACCGACACGCCCGGCUUCGGGGACCAGAUCAACAACGACAAGUGCUGGGACCCGAUCCUGGGCUACAUCAAUGAGCAGUAUGAGCGGUACCUGCAGGAGGAGAUCCUCAUCACCCGCCAGCGCCACAUCCCCGACACCCGCGUGCACUGCUGCGUGUACUUUGUGCCGCCCACUGGGCACUGCCUGCGGCCCCUGGACAUUGAGUUCCUGCAGCGGCUGUGCCGGGUGGUGAACGUGGUGCCAGUGAUCGCCCGGGCAGACAGCCUGACCCUUGAGGAGCGAGAGACCUUCAGGAGCAGGAUCCAGCACAACCUGAGGACUCACUGCAUUGACGUGUACCCACAGAAGUGCUUCGACGAGGACAUCAAUGACAGGAUCCUCAACAGCAAGAUCAGGGACCGGAUCCCCUUUGCAGUGGUCGGGGCCGACCAAGAGCACCUGGUGAAUGGGAGAUGUGUCCUGGGCCGGAAGACGAAGUGGGGCAUCGUUGAAGUGGAGAACAUGGCGCACUGUGAGUUUCCCCUCCUGAGAGACCUGCUCAUCCGCUCCCACCUCCAGGACCUGAAGGACAUCACCCACAACGUCCACUACGAGAACUACCGCGUCUACAGGCUCAACGAGAGCCACGUGCUGCCCCGCGGGCCCGGCUGGGUGAACCUGGCCCCGGCCCCCACCGAUCCCCCCGCCACUCCCGGGCCCUGGAAGGUCUGCCGGCGGGCCCAUGACAGUUCUGACGAGGAGUGCUGAGCACCAGUGAACCCCAGGUCCCAGGGGCUCCCCGAGUCCUCGGCGGCCCCCCAGCACACACCUGUGUACCAGAGCACGUAUUAAAGGUGGACACUGCUUUUUAUGAAA